CCCGCAAUCAAGAGGCCGGCUUCGCUGGAGUAGUGGCGCAGCAGUUUUGUCCGAAGCUGUGUUGAUCAGUGACUUUGGUGAAGACUGAGAGGGUUGAAAUGAACUUGCAGAUGACACACAACUUGUAAGCAUUCCAUAUUGGAAGAAGUGAUUUCUAUAGAUGAAAAAAAAAAUGCCUUUGUUUAGUAAAUCACAUAAAAAUCCAGCAGAAAUUGUGAAAAUUCUGAAAGACAACUUAGCCAUUUUGGAAAAGCAAGACAAAAAGACAGACAAGGCUUCAGAAGAAGUGUCGAAAUCACUGCAAGUCAUGAAAGAAAUUCUGUGUGGUGCAAAUGACAAAGAACCCCCAACAGAGGCUGUGGCUCAGCUAGCACAAGAACUCUACAAUAGUGGUCUGCUGGUGACACUGAUAGCUGACCUACAGCUGAUAGACUUCGAGGGCAAGAAAGAUGUGACCCAUAUAUUUAACAACAUCCUGAGAAGACAGAUAGGCACUCGAUGUCCUACUGUGGAGUACAUUAGUGCUCAUCCUCAUAUCCUGCUUAUGCUUCUCAAAGGCACCAUCUCAAACAUAUAUUAUGCUGUUUCAAAGCAAGUCCAUCUCAUCUGUGCUCAAUUCCCAAUUCCUGUCAUAUAUGAAGUCCCACAGAUUGCCUUACGUAAUGGAAUUAUGCUGAGAGAAUGUAUUCGAUAUGAAUCACUUGCCAAAAUCAUCCUCUUUUCUAAUCAAUUCAGAGAUUUCUUUAAGUAUGUGGAGUUGUCAACAUUUGAUAUUGCUUCAGAUGCCUUUGCUACUUUUAAGGAUUUACUGACUCGACAUAAAGUGUUGGUAGCAGAAUUCUUAGGACAAAAUUACGACACUAUUUUUGAAGACUAUGAGAAAUUGCUUCAGUCUGAGAAUUAUGUGACUAAGAGACAAUCUUUAAAGCUUCUAGGUGAACUGAUCCUGGACAGACAUAACUUUGCCAUUAUGACAAAGUACAUCAGCAAGCCAGAGAACCUCAAAUUGAUGAUGAACCUCCUUCGAGAUAAAAGCCCCAACAUUCAGUUUGAAGCCUUUCAUGUCUUUAAGGUGUUUGUAGCCAGUCCUCACAAAACACAACCUAUUGUGGAGAUUCUAUUAAAAAAUCAACCCAAACUCAUUGAGUUUCUGAGCAGCUUCCAAAAAGAAAGGACGGACGAUGAGCAGUUCACUGAUGAGAAGAACUACCUGAUUAAACAGAUUCGAGACUUGAAGAAAACAACCACUUGAAGUCUCACCAAGAUUUCUGCACCAGUUACCAUUUCAUUUGUUUAGUUUGUACAAAAAGUGUCAUUUCAUAAAAUAAUCACUCUUGGGAAGACUUUUGAGGUGACUAUUUUUUCUCAAUUUUCAGGGUAGAUGGAAUAUAAACAUUUGAAUAAAAAUAAUUAACCUAGAAUAAUAUAUUCAUUUUAAUCAAGUCUGUGAUAUUGAUAAAAGCAUUUGUAACCUUUUGUUGAUGAAAGGCAACAGGGCCAUGCACUUGCAGACCUGAGCUCAGUCCCUAUGAGCCCCUAAGGAGGAAUCCAGAUGAUGGGUCACUGAGUCCUUGAAGAGGAUUAGAUUCUCAGAGGAGGGCUGGGUUUGGGGACAGAAGGCAUAAAACUAUUUUGCUUAUCUGUACUUAGACAAAUUUUUUAAGGCACUGAAAGACCUGAGAAAAUACGAUCCAUGUUUUCUUGUUCCCUGCCAAUACCUUUUAACCAGCUUCCUAUGGAAUCAAUGCCCACCUCCCUGUUCAUGGUCCCACAUUCCAUCCCAAGAGAUGUCAUCAGCAUGCCUGACUCCUGACACAAUCCCUGCUGUUCCCUGCGGUAGGGAUAGCACAGAACCAAGGAUUUAGAAGGGGCAGAGGGGCAUAGAGGACCCGUGUGGUAUGAACUGCUUACUUGAGAACUUGGAACAGAUGGUUAAGAACCAUAGUUCUACCUGUAGUUAUUGAUGUUUCACACAGACUUCUAUGACAUUCAUGAAUAUUUGGAAUAUUUUGUUCAUAAUUGUUAAUGAAAGAAAAAUGUUUUGUGGUGAAAGUAUGUUUUAGAAUAGGAAUCAUUGCAUUAGAAUGCCUAGCAUGUACAAAACCAUGGGCCCAGAGAGUUGCACAGGUCUUUAAAUCACCUUUAUAAAUAAAGGAACACUGCCAUUAGAAGGGCAGGUGAUUAAAUGCAUGAAAAAAUUGUCACAUGAUUAAAAAAUAUUUGUUCAGUUUAUUUUCUAAUAAGCUGCCACUCCUCCCAUUAAAGUCUUUGGUGAAAAGGUACAAUAGAAAAACUGUAAGAUAUUGGUCCCAAAUACUCUCUUGUACACUAGGAUCAUUAAGGAGUUAAUUUGUACUUUUUAAAAAAGUCAUGAAACAACAACAACAAAAAAGAUCAUGGUUUGUUUUCAGACGUCAAAUAUAUAAAAUGGAAUUUUAAAGCUAUAUUUACAACAAGACAUUAAAUGAACAAUUGUUAAACUGUGUUUUUUUCAAAAUUGUUUCCAAAUCAUGAGUUAUUGCCUUCCAUGGGAACCUUCACUUCUUACAAUACUGGGUGUUGUGUUCUUCAACCAGAUGUUUCUCCAACCAGAGAAGGAAAGAUCCCCCUCCAGGAAUCCUUCUCCAGGAUCAGUGCCCUUUCUAGAUUUUGCAUUUGAAUAAUUAUCUGGCAGGGUUUCGUCCUUCUUGGCCGGGGCACAGGUCCAUGUUCUUCUGUGCCCAGCAUGGACUCCUGAGGCAAGUGGUGUCAAACCUGUGGAACCUUCUUCUAGCAUCUCUGGCCAAUGCUGGCAGGGGUGGGUCAGCAAACAGCCCAUCUAAUAACCUUCAUUCUUUAGUCACUGAAGUCUGAUUUCUUUUAUAACAUUCCCAGACAGUCAAAGUCUCUAAGGGCUUGAAUUUUAUGGUUUUGCUUAUUUGAUUAAAAGACAUGAAUAUUAAAUAUAUUUUUAAAAACGAAGGUACAAUAGGCAUUAGAAAUUUAUUUGGUUGCUUAAAUACUGUCCCACAACAUCAUGGAACACAUGUUUUCAAUUACAAAGCAAGGCCUUAGCAUAAUCCUCUUUUUAUUUAUUCUGAACUUGACUUAGCUUUUUCUUAGCAACCCCUUAUCCUAGUGUAGUACCUGUCAAACAAAACUAGUCUUAAGAGGCAAUAAAUGAAGUGGCUAGAGUUCUGUUGUAAUUCAAAUUUGUAAAUUAUUAACGUGAAAGAGGGAGCAAGAAGCUCACAAAAUAUGCUUGCACAACAUUCACUGUAAAUAUUGUGAGAAUUUUAAAAGGUCAUAUUUAAUAUUCAAAAAGACAUUUAAAAUAAAGACUAAAUAAA